CCACCACCACCCCACCCGCCAAAAUCAAAAACAAAAACAAAAAAAAAAAAAUCACCUAAAUCUCACAACACCUCUCACCAUCUGCAAACAAAAUUUACAGGCGUUUGCAAAUGGAGACUUGUAGCAACAGAUCGAUCUUCCAGAACAUUCGUUCCCGAGAGCUCAACGGAUUCAGAGUACGGAAACGACCGUGUUUUGCGGAUGAUGAUUCGUCUCGGUUUACUCGAAUAGGAGCUUUUGAUUAUGGACUUGAGGAGGAUGUUAGUCCUCCUAUGGCGUUAUCGUUUUGUAAGACAAGUAAAAAUGCUCAUAUUCUUGCUGUCACUGGUGAGGACGGGUACGUUUGUCUUUACAACACUCGCGUGAAUUUUCCUUCUUCAUCAACUAGCGCAGAAAAUGCAGAAAAAGCUAGAAAAUGUGAGUGGCUUGCUCAUGACAAUGCUGUAUUCGAUCUAUGUUGGAUUAAGGAUGACACCAAUUUGCUGACAGCUUGCGGUGAUCAUAGCAUUAAAGUAUGGGAUUCUCAAGAACGAAAAUGUCUUUUUGCACUCACGGGUCACACAGGAAGCGUGAAAUCCAUCAGUGCGCAUCCCUCUAACCACGAUAUAAUUGUAUCUGGUUCAAGAGAUGGUUCUUUUGCUUUAUGGGACUUAAGGAGUUUUAAAUCUACGCGCGCACACCCAAAUACUUUAACAAUAAAAACUGUUCAAGGGGCUCAUAUGUCUUCAAGCGUUAAAACGAGGGGUAGGAAUAGUAAGGCUGCUUCCAUGAGUGUUACGUCCGUUCUUUAUAUGAAAGACGAGGUUUCCAUUGCUACAGCGGGAGCCGUAGAUAGUGUUAUAAAGUUUUGGGAUACAAGAAACCUUAAAGCUCCAAUUACUCAGGCGUGUUCGCACGAUAAGCCAUCAGGGAAGUCGGAAAGAUCAUAUGGUAUAUCUAGCUUAUCCCAAGACAAAAACGGAGUAUAUAUUUCCGCUUCAUGCAUGGACAGCAGGAUAUAUCUAUUUAAUGUACUGCAACUCGAGAAGGGACCUGUUAAAAGUUUCGAAGGAUGUGACAUCGGUACAUUUUUUGUUAAGUCAAAAUUGAGUCCUGAUGCAGGCCAUAUACUAAGUGGCUCUAGUGACGGUUCAGCUUACGUAUGGCAGGUUAACAAACCGCAUGCAGACCCUAUCAAACUUGAAGGCCACGAAGGUGAAGUGACCGCAGUAGAUUGGUGCUCAGGUGAGAUAGGUAAAAUAGCAACUGCUGCAGAUGAUUCUGUGGUCCAACUUUGGAACAUCAACAGCAGUUGUUAUUCAACUACAAGAUCUCCGUCAUCAAUUCGAAGGAGAGAAAAAGCACUUCCAACGAUGAAACGUCGAAAACUUUUUACAUAUGAAGAAACAAAAGGUUCCAUAACAGGACCUGAUCCGGACCCUCUGGUUCAACCAACAGUCCAGUUUGACUCUCCUGAAAUAAAAACUCCAGAACCACUCAAAAAACAAAUAUCCAAUUCACAUACUGGUGGAGUGUACGAGAGAUCUCCGGAUGCUAGUUUUGGCAGCCCGUCUUCGGUGCUUAAUCCUCCACCCUCUUUAAAAAGAAAAACCAUUUUAGAUUACUUUGUGGCUCCUUCAACAUAGUCUUUGCAUAGCUUUUUGUUAUCUUAGGAUAUAGUUUUACUAGUAACUAUAGUAGGAACUAUAUUACUCUUCUUGUUGAAGAUUUUAAGUCAAAGUGUCAAACAAUGCAUGUUUUGGUCUAAGUUUUGGAGGUUUUGUAAAGAGGUAAUAAGUUAUUGGCAAUUGGGAGAACUACAAACUUUAUUUC